UGUAAUAAUAAAAAAAGAUGCGUGUAUUUAAAUACGUUACGCCGAUGGAUCAACUGCGCGCCACUUUCUGAAGAGAGAAUCGCGCUACACCGUAAUGCUGUGAUCAAUAUCGGUGUUGCGUCUCGGCCUCCUCUGGACCAUCAUCAAAUGCUAGACGGAUUUGAAAAUAGAAAAAAGAAAGGCGAGAUGAAAGCCGUAACGCAUACUUGUACAUCAAGAAGUGUUUUAGAUUUUCCGGAAGGUGAUUCAUUCGAAGACAUCGCCGAAUCCGUCGACGAAUUGCGUGAAAAAUUGGCGAAUAUGAAGAGAUUAAUGGAGGAACGUAAGGGAACGACUCUGGGGGAAAUUAGUGCACGUAAAAGGAAAGAAGCUUCGGAUAUAAUAGACGGAAAUUUUCUUUCUUGGAUUUUUGGUUCUGCACUAGUUGUCAUAUUGAGCGUUAGCUUUUACGCUUUUUAUAAUCUUUAUCAUGCGGUACUCAAAAAAUUCCCUUCGCAUCAUACAGAGUUGUAAGAAAAGAAAAAGAAAAAAAGAUUUACAAAAUAUAGAAAAGAAAAAAAAAGAGAAAGUAAGAAAAAACAGUAAAACACCCGUCGAAUGAUCCGUUCGAACGAAGACACGAUACAAAAGAGAAACCGAAAUGGCUAACAUAACUCAUCCCCAGAAGAAACAUCGUACUCUGGUGUAAUAUGUUUUGUCCGGUUUACGAUGUAAUCGUGACUAACAGACCGACGAGAUCUCUAAUUUCAAUUAUUUUAAUUAUCAGUAAGAAAGUUGAAACAAUAUUGAGGCGACACGUGAUAUUUUUGUCGAUGAAAUUUUCUA